GAUUCCAUGUAAGUUCACAACUUCGAAUGAGAGAAGAGACAAUUUUCUCUACCACUAUUUUUUUAUCUCUAGGACACCAUACCUUUGCACCAUACCGUAUAGUACACGGCCGUACGCUGAUUUCAUUUUUCUAUUUUUGUACUGCGCGAGAAUGUGCAGACAAUUGUUUUCAAAGACAAAAACUCUUUUCAUUUGUUAUUAACGGAUCUCAAAUGCUAAUCAUAAGCUGACCAGAAUGUUGAAGGCCCAAGCUAAAGAUGCAGUGCAACAUGCCAAGCAGUUUGGAGAGAACUUUGCACGUACUAACAAGUACAUGCAUGCCAACAAGCUGUGGCUUCAAACUGUUCCAACCGAUGACUGUGAGGUGGUCGUAAUCUUCCCUACAAAGACUGAUGAUGCUGUAAUCAUGUGGGUCUUAGCUAAGCUGAAGGAAAGACUACCGGAGCUUAAAGUAGCCGUCAGACAUCACUCCCAUACUGGAACAUGUGGACUUUAUCUCUCGGCAUCUUCCGAGUGUUUAUUGAGCGGAGCAGAGAAUCUAAGCUUUCGCAAGCCACUUAAGGCAGAGUAUGGAGGGGGUCUGAAAGAGUUUACCUGUCUGGAGUCUAGCAUGUAUGAAGGAGCUAACGAUGCACAUCAUUUCCUGUCAUCUCAGGAACGACAAGAAAUCAUUCAUUACAUGCUGGAAAGUCUGAAGGCGGUGGAGGGUGAUAAGGUUCAAAAUGUGAAAUUCCUGGAUAAUGAACCAAUAGUGCCAAAGCUUCUAGCUAAAGGGGUCGUUUCUAAGGUCUUCCCUCUCCAUAAACGAGACGAUCUGCAAGUUCUCAAGAAAACAUGGGUUCAGGCUUUCUUCAAGGCGCAACCUUUGGAUGCGGUAUGUGACUACUUUGGAGUGAAGAUUGCCAUAUAUUUUGCUUGGUUAGGGUUCUACACCCAAGCCCUUCUAUUUCCUGCUAUGGUUGGCCUGCUUGUAACAAUCUUCGUUGAUGAUAGCGAUCAGGUGAAUGAGGACAAGAGUGUUAUGUUUGUCUCAGUGUGUAACAUCAUCUGGGCUUCUCUUGUCCUAGAGGUCUGGAAGAGAAAGGGAUCUGUUCUAGCUUACCACUGGGGAACUUUAGACUCGAAACAUGAGCUCAUUGAAGAGCCUCGUCCUCAGUAUAAGGGUGACUUAGUUGUGAACAGUGUAUCUGGCAAGCUCCAGCCCCACUAUCCCGCCUGGAAGCGGAAUAUCUUCAGAUACCUUGUAACGCUUCCAAUCAUAUUCCUCUGUUGCCUCAUCACGUUUACCUCAAUGUACAUCAUCCUAGAAAUUCAGGAGUGGGUUAAUUCCCAUAUUGAGCAAAACAAUUGUUAUGGGUGGGUGGGUUACUUUCCAAAGAUCAUUCUUACUGGUGUGAUCAGUGUCAGUGACAUUGCGUUUAAAAGAGUGGCUUACUGGCUGAACAGGAUGGAAAACUAUCGCCUUCGGAGCACGCACGAAAAUCAGCUCAUACUCAAACUGGUUACGGUGCAGUUUAUAAAUCAUUUCCUUGCACUCUUCUACAUUGCCUUCAUUCUCAAAGACAUGACAAGACUCAGAAAUUAUUUGGGAACCAUAUUCAUCCUUCGCCAGCUGACAGGUAACUUCAAAGAGUCAGUUUUGCCUUACAUCACCGAGAAGCUCAAAGUCUACCGAAUGACGUAUGUUACUGCAAGCAAAGUCCAUACUGAUACGAAUACAAGAAAACAACAAGACAUGACAGAAGGAACCAAGAAACAGGGAGACAUUACGGAGGAAACAAAAGGACAGGGAGAUAGAAGUAUGGGACAAGAAGAUAUUUCUGAUGAAACAAAAAAACCAUCUGGGUCAAUUUUGGAUGGGAGUGAGACGCAAGCAGAUGUAUUGGAAUCAAAAGCUAAAGGAGAUGCUUCAGAAAGUGAAUCUGGCGGCUCCAAUGAAGAGAUGUUUAUGAUCACCCAGGCUGAACUUGAGUCUGAGAUGCGUUCAUAUGAGGAUACUUUUGAUGAUUACCUGGAGAUGGUGAUCCAGUUUGGUUACGUCAUCCUCUUUUCAUCAGCCUUUCCUUUGGCCGGGACGUUUGCAGUCAUCAACAACAUCAUUGAGAUCCGAAGUGAUGCCUUCAAGCUCUGCUCCAUCACACACAGGCCGUUUGGACAGAGAGUUGAGAACAUAGGAUCAUGGCAGCAAGCAUUGGAAGUAAUGGCUGUUAUUGGUGUGAUCGUGAACUGUGCCUUGUUGGGUGUCUUUGGUCAAAUUGGACGUACCUUCCCAAGCCUAACGCCAGCUGGAGUCAUUCUCUGCAUUGUAGUUAUGGAACAUAUCAUUUUAGCUGCAAAGCAUGCUAUCUCAUUGGGCAUUCCUGAUGUACCGCACUGGGUUUCCAUCAAGAUGGCAAAACUGGAAUACAGGAGACGUGAAGCCCUAAAGAAACAGGAAGUGGAUGCCCUGCAGUGUGCCAAGAGGACACCAUCACCAAAGGAAGGUGAGGAGAAGAAGGGUGAUCUUAAGCUGAAGAUACCACAUCAAGGGAAGGUGUGGCCGUCCAGUAUGAAGGAAGCAGCUACGAAUUUCAAAUUCUAUCAAAACAACAAAGCAGUGUCCACCGAUGAUUCCAAUACAACAAGCGAUGCACAGGAGUAUCAUGAGAAGCCUAGUCAGGAGAAGAAAGUUGACUAAAGUGGAGUUGUUUCAAUCAUAGAGCUAUUUGUAAGUUAUGAAUGAUAUUAUGAAUGACUGAUGCCACUUUCUUAGAAACUGAUCACCUAUAAAAAUCUGGUGUAGACCAUCUACACCUACAUGUAUGAAUAUAUAGUAGGAUCUGUAGCAAUACCUAUGAAAAUUUGAUAAAGGCCCCUUUUAGGAACUAAAUCAAUACCUGUGAAAAUCUGUUGUAGACCAUUUCUUAGGAUCUAAAUCAACACCUGUAAAAAUCUGGUGUAGACCUUUCCUGGGAACGAAAUAAACACCUAUGACAAUCUAAUAUAGACCCUUUCUUUGGAACUAAAUUUACUCCUAUGAAAAUCUAGUGUAUAUCAUUUACCAAAAGAAAGGGUCACAAGUCGUUCGUAAAGUCGCAGGUAACUUACAAACUACUUUAUUAAGCACCCAACAGGAUUCAUUUCAAGGUGCAUGUAUUUAUGGAAACAACAAAUCAAUAUUCACUGACGACUUCACUCGUCACAAGAGAUAUCCAGGGGAGCAUUUGAUCAAAAUAAUUGGCCAACACGUUGUUGGAUCUGAAAAUUUUCCUUGAUUUUCAUCGGCUGAGAAGCAGUGUUACUAUGCGAAAUAUCAAAUAAAACACAUUUUAUUGGAUAAAACGUCUGAUAUGUCCUUUCAUAAAAUUCCCCACUUGGCUCCAUAAACCAAAAAUAGCAAUUCAAUCACAAAAUUUACAUCGGCCAAUCAAAAACAUUGUUGCAUGGGCACUCUGUUUUUAUGACUUACCUGUAUCCAUUAUUGUGUCAAACAUUCAAUUACCCACAAACUAUUGUGUUACGACCCUGGAUUAUUAGAAGAAAUUUAAACUUAAGUGGUUCAGAAUUCAUUUCAAUGUCUUAGCAGCGAUAGCCAUUGAAAAUAAGUACACGACCUUGACCAUAAUGUGUCAUGCCUUUAAAUGAUAACUUACGGUAAGCUGCUUUUGUAGAAAGUAAAGAUAAAGUAAAAUAUAGAUGGUAGUGCAUGCUGCUAACGCACAAACUUGUGACAUCUUUAAGACAACUUGAUUAGAGAGUACAUAUUAGAAGUCUUCUUCUUCCAAUUUGCAGGUUUCCUCUCUAUGUCUUAGAUGGCACCAUUCCCAAAACAUUGCCAAUCUGACAAGAAUUUGGAUUCUACGAUUGUAGGGAUUUGUGCAAUUUUUUUCUUCUACAGGGUACAUACGCAGGAUCGUAUGCGUCUUAGCGGAAGUGAGAAUACAAAGUGACCAGCCACCCUGAAACAACAAUAAGUCACCAGGGAGGUUCUAUGUAAAUAGCCCUCCCCCCAAAUGAAAAUAAAAUCCAUAUUUUAUUGUUCGAAAUGAAAUCUGAAAGAGAAAAACUACGAAAAUUAAUGUUUUCCCAAUUGAUCAUGGGCCCGGCAGCCACUGUACAGCACCAGAUUGAUGUAGCUCUAUCCCUCUAUCCCUUGAAUUGUUGAAUGCCAAACAGAGUAGCAGCAAAUCCCAUCUUUUAAUGUCUUUUGGUCUGACGCGGCAGGGGUCGGAACUUCGGAUCUCCCGGUUGUGAGUCUACCAAUUGAGCCAACACAUUGGUGCUUUGGUAAAAUUUUGAAAUUGGCUUGUCUGAAAGAAUAAUUUUUCUUCUUCAUACUGUCAAAAUUUGAAGUUGUAAAGUGAAAGAAAGGACGAGAUACAAGAGUUUUAUUUACACCACUUUUUUAUUUCAACUUGAAGUUUUUAUACUGAGAUUGCACAGUGUGCCCAUGUAAAUCAUGCUUGAGUGAACCCAAAUCUUCAAACCUUGUUUUUUUUUCUUAUUCUGUGAAACUCUUACUGAAUCUCUUCUACAUGCAAUCAAGUACUUGAAUGUCUUUUUUUUUAUUGAUCAAUUUUUGACAAAUUUUAUAUCAUUUAAAAACUUAGGAUGUGUUUUUCAAGCUCAAAUAAAAAAAAUCUCAAAUCCAUUUUGGGUGACUUAUUGUUGGUUUGGUGGUGACAUGUCACAAAUGUUACUUUGUGAACCUUGACCCACAGGUCACCAUUUUUUACUUGAUCUCCAUCACAUUUCAUUCUUUUUAUCUGCUUGUUUUUUUUUCAAUCUGUAUAUAUUGUUGAUUUUUAUCCAAGUGGGACUAAAAACACUUAAAAAAUAAUAACAGUAUAAUCAUAAUAGUCUUGGAAACAAUUUAUCAUGAUGACCAUAAUGAAAUGGUUAUUUAGUGGUGAAUUAAUAUUUUACUAGCCUUUUAUUUUUUAAUUUUAGUGCAUGUACAUUGUAUUAAUAGUAUACAAAUUUUGAUUACCAUGUGGCAGUCGUGUUUAAAGUGUAAUUGCACUUUGUUGCUGAACUACAGAUUGUGCGACAUUUGCUCUUACAACAAUUCCUCCUCCACUUUGACAUGAGGAUUGGGGUUGUGAUAUAAGUUUUUAGUUCAGAAUCAUAUGAGGAUUAGGAUGAUGAUGAAGGUCAUGUUUCAAACUCGGGUUUAACGAUGAUAAUAAUAGGCAUUUAUAUAGCGCCAUCUAUCUAGAAAUAAUCUAUUCCGAGGCGCAGUGUUUAUUAUUAUUACCCCGGCUUUAGCUCGAACUGCCUAUCAGCCCUCAGUGCAUUCAAGGAAUUAAUCCUGCCGGGUACCCAUUCACCUCACCUGGGUAGAGUGCAGCACAACUUGGAAAAAUUUCUUGCUGAAGGAAAUUACGCCAUGGCUGGGAUUCGAACCAUGACCCUCUGUUUCAAGGUCAGAUGACUAAUCCACUGUACCACGACGCUCCACAUUUUAUUGAGGCCUAUGUGUGUGCUUUUUUCAGUUGGAGCAAUUGGCGCAGGAGCAAAUGAUAUGGGACCAAACUACAUGUACAAACAUUCAUUGUUGUUAUAAAUACUGUGUCAUCCAUGUUGCUAAAUCAGGGUCUUGAAUACUGGGGACAAACACCCCACCGGAAGGUUGUUUCACAAAGAGUGAAGUAUGACUUCUAUCGACAUAGGGGGUGUUGCAAGCAAAUAUUUGCGAUCAAUUGCAAAUGUUCUGUUCCAAUUUUACAAAAUGUUAACUACAGCUAAUCAGAUUACACUCCUUGUUUCAAGAAGCAGAUUUCAAUUCAGUUCAAUUCAAGUUUAUUUUUCUCUCUGCAUAAAAUGAACAUAUGAUAAAAUACAUGAGGAUUUAAAGUAUACAUAUCAUCAAAGACAUAAAAAUUUACAAGAAAAAAGCGUUGAUGAGGGAAGCAGCCAGGAAGGAGAAAAUUUCCUUAAAAUGCUGCCAACCCAAAUAACUUU